AUGACAGCGACAUACCUCAUGGAAGCCGGGUAUGAGUUUGAUAGUGUAGUCGGGCAACGGGUGAGGUUUGUGUAUAUGAUUUAUUUGCAGCGUCGCAUGAAGGUGAGGCGAACAAAAAGCUACUUGGAUCUCUUGCCCGCUCCCUUUUUCGGGGGCCCUUUCCCAGCGGCUCUGAGCCCCUUGAGUUUCUUUUGCCAUCUCUCCUGUUUCUCUGUGAGCGUGAUCGGGCUCCCCUCCAUGCUCUCGGUGGGUUUCGGGUACCAGCUUGUGUACAAGGGUCCCUUGAGCGGGCGGCGCAGAAUCUUUUGGCCGGAACGGUGUCCGGGGCCCACGGGAUUCUUGAGAUGCCCCCACACCUCACGUGCGACCUCGUCAAGCGAACGGCCCGUCGUCGGACAUGUGCCCGCACGGAUCUGCGCUAUCUUCUCAUCAUCUGAGAGAGAGGACAAUGCGCGCGCGGGGAUGGUGGGGGGCACGGUUGGGCGAUAG